UGUAUAAAUAAAUAGGUGUGAUUAAUAAGUUGUCCAGUGUCUUUUGUAUAUAUAAAUACCAAUGGUGCCACCGGUUGCUGGUAUGCGAUUGCGCUUUAAUAAACAACGCAUGCGCUUAAAUUAUUAUUUGUUUUUUUUUAAACUAAAAACAAGGAUAGCAUAAAAUAUUAUUGUCUUUUCCACUUGCACUUGGAACAACCCCCAACUUGAAUAUAACAUACAUACACUCAUACAUAAAUAGAAAACCAACACACACACCCUUAUAAAUACAUAAAAUUAUUUUAUCUUUGUCAUAUAUUUUUUGGUGCAUUGUAUCAAGCACAUACUGUCUUUGUUUCUUGCAUUUGCGAAUCGACGUCGGGCAUCCCCGUUGUCGUUGUCGUCGUCGUUGUCGUUGUCGUCAUAGUCGUGUAUUCGUUAGGCUUCCUCAACGAAUGAAGCCGCGCUACUCGUUCAGUCACAGACCGAGCGCGAUACCAACAACACGCAAUCCUUUUUUAUUUUACUCUUGUUAUUCAAUUUUUUAUUAAAUUGAUAUAAUUUAUAAUAAUAAUAGUACUGUGAUUAAAAAUAAUAGAUAUAUCAAUUGGAAUAUAUAUAUACUAUAAAUUAAAUAGAAAAAUUAUAUAACAAUUAUUAUAAAAACAAUUGUGUUUGUUUAUCAUCAAAUUUUAUUAAUUUAUUUUUGUUUGUUUAUAUUAAAUUUGUAUUGUUGAUAUUAUUAUUAUUAUUAUUUUGUAAAAUUUUAAUUAGAGUGAUCUAGUCAAUUAAAAUUUAAUAUAUAUAUACUAUUGGAGUAAUAUAAAAACUUGUGAUAUUAUUUUAUUGAAGUUGAAGUUUUUCAAAGCAUGACAAAAACUUAAAUGUGAUUGUUUGUGAAAUAUAUAUAUAGAUAUAUUAAUAUACAUCACGUGACUUAUUGGAGUUUAUUGGAAAAUUUUCAUUGUUUAUUAUUUAUUCAAUCAAAGUUGCGUGUGGUUAAUUCAGAAAAAUACAGGAAGUGAGAAAGCAAGUUAAAUAACGCCGCGACCACCAAUGGCGGCCGCGAGCUUUCCACCAAACUUUUCCAACGUCGGUGUCAUCGAAAACUGCGUUGGCAUGGAGGCAGCAAAUGGCGCGAUAGAUCACGACUUUCACAAUGCCCUUGUACCGAUCAACGGUAGUCAUUCAGAAAGUUCAGGAAGAAGUACACCAAAUAGUGGUGAUCCAGCACCUGGUAAAUUAUUUGUCGGUGGAUUAUCUUGGCAAACAAGCAGUGAAAAAUUACGUGAAUAUUUUGGAAUGUUUGGCACUGUCACAGAUGUAUUAAUCAUGAAAGAUCCAGUAACACAGCGAAGCAGAGGUUUUGGCUUCAUCACGUUUGCAGAGCCAGGAAGUGUGGAUAAAGUAUUAAAAUGUCCAAUUCAUACAUUGGAUGGUAAAAAAAUUGAUCCAAAACAUGCAACACCAAAAAAUCGUGCAAAACAAGCAAAUCGUACAAAAAAAAUAUUUGUUGGUGGUGUUAGUCAAGAUACAAGUAGUGAUGAAGUUAAAGCAUAUUUUAAUCAAUUUGGUAAAGUUGAAGAAACAGUUAUGCUUAUGGAUCAACAAACAAAAAGACAUCGUGGAUUUGGUUUUGUUACAUUUGAAAAUGAAGAUGUUGUUGAUCGUGUUUGUGAAAUACAUUUUCAUACAAUUAAAAAUAAAAAAGUUGAAUGUAAAAAAGCUCAACCAAAAGAAGCUGUACAACCAGGUGCAUUACAAUUAUGUAAAAGAGUUUACGACCCGAUUGCGCACGGACGCGUUUAGCUACAAUACAAUUCUGGUUACCGUAGCAGCAUCAGCGCAGUUGUUGCUGCACAAACUUACGGUACCAGCAAGCAGCAGCUGCUCAACGCUGCUACCCGGCUUCUAAAUACAAAUGCUGCUGGUAUCAGUAAAAUCAGCGCAAGUAGUUAUCCAGCAUUAUCAGCAUAUAGAUAUGCACCAUAUCCAAUGCCGAACGCGCCAGCGUCGCAGCGGCAGCUG